AUGACGAUCGCCCGGCCUCGCGUAACGCCCUCUGCGUCUCGUCGUGCACAAAGUCCGGCCGGACCAAGCGGGCCGUCGGUCGGCUACGAACAAAGCAGUUGGAAAAUGGACCGCGCGCUUGGCGCGAAGACCAAUGAACGGGCCGAGUCCAGUCCGAUAGGACGUACCCCGGGAUUCAAGGGGGAACUCCAAACCGCUAAACAUUGCUGCGAAAGCCAGUGUGACCAAUUCGCCUCAAACUAA